AGCGACGCCGCCGGCGCCGGCCGGGCUCCCUGCGCGACCGCGCCGCCCGCGGCGGGCCCCGAGCAGCAGUAGCAGCAGCAGUAGCAGCAGCAGCAGCAGCAGCAGCAGCAGCAGCAGCAGUAGCAGCAACAGCCGCCGAGGCCGGGCGUGCGCCUGAGGCGCGGCGGCGGCGGCGGCCCUGCGGGCGGCCGGGAGGGGCGGGGGCAGCGGCCGCCGCCGUUUGAUGGAUCCGAGGAUCGCCUGGUUCCAGCCAGAGCAGCUCGGACCGUCCAACAGUCUGUGGAUGCAGAUCUGGGAGACGACCCAGGGGCUGAGGAACCUCUACUUCAACCACCACUGUCACAGCAGCGGCGGCGCGAGCGGCGGCGGCGGCAGCAGCACGGCCACCGGCGGGAGCGGCAGCAGCACCGGCAGCCCCGGCGGCGCGGCCCCGGCCCCGGCCCCGGCCCCGGCCGGCAUGUACCGCUCCGGGGAGCGCCUGCUGGGCGGCCACGCGCAGUCCGCGGAGCAGCGGGACUUCCUGCCCCUGGAGACGACCAACAACAACAACAACCACCACCAGCCGGCGGCCUGGGCCCGCCGGGCUGUCGCGGGCCCCUCGGCGUCCCCGUCCCCCUCCGCGUCCUCGUCCCCACACUCCUCUGCCGCCGUCCCCGCCGCCGAGCCCGCGGACCCGGCCUCGGGCAGCAGCAACAAGAGGAAGCGCGACAAUAAGGCCAGCACCUACGGACUCAACUACAGCCUGCUGCAGCCCAGCGGAGGGCGGGCCGCGGGGGGCGGCCGGGCCGACGGCAGCGGGGGCGUGUACAGCGGGACCCCGUGGAAGCGGAGGAACUACAACCAGGGAGUCGUGGGUCUGCAUGAAGAAAUCAGUGAUUUUUAUGAAUACAUGUCUCCAAGACCAGAGGAGGAGAAGAUGCGGAUGGAGGUGGUGAACAGGAUCGAGAGUGUGAUUAAGGAGCUCUGGCCCAGUGCGGAUGUCCAGAUAUUUGGAAGUUUUAAAACUGGCCUGUAUUUACCUACUAGUGACAUCGAUCUCGUGGUAUUUGGGAAGUGGGAGAACCUUCCCCUCUGGACCCUGGAAGAAGCCCUUCGGAAACAUAAAGUUGCUGAUGAGGAUUCGGUGAAAGUUCUAGACAAAGCAACUGUACCUAUUAUUAAAUUAACAGAUUCUUUUACUGAAGUGAAAGUUGAUAUCAGCUUUAAUGUACAGAACGGUGUGAGAGCAGCCGACCUCAUCAAAGAUUUUACCAAGAAAUAUCCUGUAUUACCAUACUUGGUUUUAGUAUUGAAACAAUUCUUAUUACAGAGGGACCUUAAUGAAGUAUUUACAGGUGGAAUUGGUUCAUACAGUCUCUUUUUAAUGGCAGUCAGUUUCCUUCAGUUACAUCCCAGGGAAGAUGCUUGCAUCCCCAAUACAAACUAUGGUGUUCUCUUAAUAGAAUUUUUUGAAUUAUAUGGACGACACUUCAAUUAUUUAAAGACUGGCAUCCGGAUAAAGGAUGGUGGUUCAUAUGUGGCCAAAGAUGAAGUACAGAAAAAUAUGCUCGAUGGCUACAGGCCAUCGAUGCUUUAUAUUGAAGAUCCUUUACAACCAGGUAACGACGUUGGAAGGAGUUCAUAUGGGGCCAUGCAAGUGAAACAGGCCUUUGAUUAUGCCUAUGUUGUUUUGAGUCACGCUGUAUCACCAAUAGCCAAGUAUUAUCCCAACAAUGAAACGGAGAGCAUAUUAGGUAGAAUAAUUAGAGUAACGGACGAAGUUGCCACGUACAGAGAUUGGAUAUCAAAGCAGUGGGGCUUGCAGAAUAGGCCGGAGCCUUCAUGCAAUGGAAAUGGUGUUACCUUGAUAGUAGAUACUCAGCAGUUAGAUAAAUGUAAUAAUAAUCUAUCUGAAGAAAAUGAAGCCCUUGGAAAAUGUAGAAGUAAAACCUCGGAAUCUCUUAGUAAACACUCUUCAAACUCUUCAUCAGGUCCAGUGUCUUCCUCUUCUGCCACACAGUCCAGCUCUAGUGAUGUCGAUUCCGACGCGACACCAUGCAAAACCCCGAAACAGCUGCUCUGCCGUCCAUCCGCCGGGAACCGAGUAGGGUCGCAAGAUGUGUCCUUAGAGUCCUCUCAGGCAGUUGGGAAAAUGCAGAGCACCCAAACCACUAACACCUCCAACAGCACCAACAAAUCUCAGCACGGAUCAGCAAGGCUCUUUCGUUCUUCCAGCAAAGGCUUCCAAGUCUUUUUUUGUUUUGUUUUUCUUCCUAAUAGGACAAAAAAGGCCACCCGCGUCCAGUCCUGUUGCUGUUGCAGUGACUCCCCGAGCUCCACAGACUUUGCAUGCUGGCCCUUCUAACCCUGUGUACCGCGCGGGCUUGUUUUUCUCAUCUCUUAUUCUUUUUUAAAUCCAUGCUUAACUACUGUGGGAGAGAAUAACUGUAAACAGCUUUAAUUAAAUCAUACUUAUAAAAAACUAUUUUCUUAUACUCCACUUUAUGCUUUUGGUAUUGUUGAUCUUUAAAAAUUAAAUGGUCUUUGAUAAUGGAUCUAUUUUGUAUUGCCUUAUUGAGACCAAAUACUUCUGGUCAUCCCAUUCUUUGUCCCCUCCUUCCAUGGAAUUGUUAUCUUUAAUUAAAACUUUUUAAAACAUUGGCUUGUUUCAAUCCUACUGUAAAUUUUGGUUGUGGUCAGCUUUGAGCACCAAUGAGAUGUAUAAUUCUGUUAUCCAUCACAUGUUGAGUUUCAAACUCGGGAAUAUUGAGUAUAAUAGGGUGUAAGUGACAUUUCUGAAAAUGCUUUCUUUCAAUGUGAAAGCUCUUAUGUUUAGCAUCAGUGUGUGUGGCUCUGUUAAUUAUAGCCAUUUCUGAAAUGAGAUUCUUUUAUGUAUACAUACAUACGUAUGUGUGUGUAUAUAUACAUACAUAUAUAUAUAUAUAUAUAUAUAUAUAUACAUAAAAAGUACUAUUGGCUCUUAGGAAUUUCUUUUCUAUACAUUUAUGAAAUACUGAAGACCAAUCAGACCAUUAAUGGACACUUAGUGCAACUUUUUAUAAAGAAAAUAAUGCUAAAGUAAGACCAAAACUAACGUCAUCACUGAAAUUAACAGUUUUCAAUAUGUUCGUAUUUUAAUUCACAACAGAAAAAUGUGUUCCACAACUGGAAACUCCUAGUACUUGUGUAAACUGUGGAAAAUUUUAAAUGUGAUGUUAUUUUGACAAUGUUUUAAAUUUUCGAGUCCCAUUUUAUUCUGAUCAGAAUUUUUAUCAAGAUGUUGAGCUUUUGUUCUUUGAACCUAGUUUGUCAUAACAUAUUGUGCAUAAUCACAGUAUUUAUUUCUAGGACUCUUGCGAACGUGUAGACUGAUGUUUACCGCUAAGGGAACAAUUAUUUAUAAAAUAAUAUUAAAUCCAGUAUUAGCUGCCUAUUUCAGACACUUAAUACUUGCAGAGAUCCAUUGUUACAUUUACCACACUGAAGUUUUUUUCUUUUGUUGUUUUGUUUUGUUUUAAGAAUCACCCUCAUUGUUGAAAGUAAAUGUACUCUUAGGGUGCAGAUAUUAGCGUUCCAAUAAGCAUGUGAUUAUAUUAAGGUGGUGGUAGCGGGAAGAUAAUCUUGAUUCCAUUGGGAAUCUUAGGUUUUCGUAAAUUUAUUGGGAAAAUAGUUUUUCCUGUACUGCUGAAGUUUCUUUUUGGUAAACAGUAUCUUUCUAAAAGAAAAAGCAUGAAGGAGAAAUUGAGGUGUGUACAUAUCCUCAAAUGACCAGCAUUGUAUUCGUGAAUACUGUGUAUCUUGCAAUGAACAGUGUGGAAAGCUGUUCAUUUUUCAAUCUGAAGUAAAAAUACUUU